GUUGCUUUCAGGGGGUGCGAGUCCCCGCCCCGGCCCACAGAUAGCAUUAGCUGCCGGGUCGCCUUCAGUCGCUGUCAUCAGAAGACCCGCUCGCGAAAAACCGCCUGGCGUUUGCUGACUAUCCCACACUCGAGCUGCCAUCAUGGGCGAGGUGGAGCUCUCCUGCCGGGCGUACGUCAAGAUGUACCUGCACGCCUGCCUGUUCCCCCGGUGCAGCGUCAACGGGCUGCUGCUCUCCUCCAGCCCGGCAGGGGGCGACGUGUGCGUGACUGACUGUGUGCCCCUGCUGCACUCUCACCUGUCUCUGGCGCCCAUCACUCAGCUGGCUCUAACUCAGGUGGACGUGUGGUGCUCUCAAACCCAGCAGAGGAUUGUGGGAUACUACCAAGCCAAUUCCUGCGCAUCAGACAGCAGUCCAACACAGGGAGCCACGAAAAUAGCAGAUAAGAUCGCAGAGCAGUUUGAUGGUGCAGUUUUAUUGAUGCUCGACGGCAGUAAGAUGUCACCAGACUUUCGGGUCCCUCCCAUCGUGAUGUACGAGCGCAAAGACUCCAGAUGGACGCUCAAAGACAAACACAUGAUCAUGCUGAGGCAAUGGGAGGAGACCCGAGCCAUCGCCAGCCAGAUGCUGGAGUCGGGCGACCACGCGCUCCUGGUGGAUUUCGACAGCCACCUGGACGACAUCACCAGAGACUGGACCAACCAGAGAGUCAACGCCAAGAUCGCCGAGCUGGCGUCGCCGGCCAACGGCAACAUCUAAGACUGUAAACUUCUCCAACCUCAAACCACAUCGGAGUUUAUAGAUGGUUUUAUUGCUGGUUUCCCCGUGUACACUACAGGCAAACAGUAAAAGUGUAACUCGUGCUUCCCUGAGGACGCACUUAAAGCUGCGCCCACACACACACACACACUGGUUAGGACGGCAACGCAAAAUAACAACGGUCCACCUGACAUCACCUAGGUAACAUUUGACAGCAGCUAGCUAACUACUAUUUACACUUGUGGUGUAUUUUCUUCCAGUCUUGUUGAAAUGAGUGAUUACGUACUUCUACUGGACUACACUUACUUGAUUAAAUGUGUUUAAG